AUGUACUCGCCUGCUGGGCCAUGGUCGCCGGUGCCUGGCGGCCCGCAGCCGCAGAGCUUCGGCAUGUACAGCGCUCUUGGCGGCCUUCCACCCCUGCCACAUGUUAGCGGCCAGUACUACUUCGAGACGUGCAUCGGGAUCUUGAUCGUGAGUGCCUUGAUCGCGGGGCUGACCGGAACUACGACGGUUUUCCUGGACGACGAGUUUGUGCCUCCGAUCGGCCACCAUAUUCUGUUGCCAGCGAUAUGGAUCUGCGCAGCCACCGCUACUCUCAGCAUGCUGUGGAUAUUGUUCGCGCCCGCUGGGGAAGUGACGCGCUCUCCCGAUAAGACGAUGCCGAUCCCAGACGACGUGAUGGUGAUCUUGCAGCAAGCCGGACCGAUGGGGCUCCAGGGGCGCCCCAACGUCCAAGGCCCAGGCGGAUCUUCGUACUGCACGCGCUGCUUCGUGUGGCGGCCGCCCAACAGCCACCACUGCAGCACGUGCCAGAGGUGCUACACGGGGUUCGACCACCACUGUUGCUUCUUCGGGAGGUGCAUCAGGAGUGGCAACCUCGUCUGUUUUUAUGCGGUCAUCGCCUGCGGCGGCCUGGGGGUGUUUAUCACGCUGGUAGCAUGGCAGAUGCACCUUGCUGCAUCCAGGCACAUCCCGAUCCCGGUCGCCGCGCCCAUGAUGGGGCAACCAUUGGUAGUCCAGUGA